AUGGCCCGCUUCUACCUGCCGCCCAUGACCCGCGCCCUGCUCGCGGCCACCGUCUUCUUCACCCUGCUCAACUUCACCCUGCUCAACUCCGCCCUGCACCCCCGGUCCAACUGGGUCGAAAGGGUCGCGAAUCCUCUAAUCGGAGUCGGCAAUGGCAUCCCCUACCUCACCAUCAUCCCCGGCAAGUCCAUCGUCUACCCCUGGGUCUUCGCCCUGGCCACUGUCGUCGAGCAGAAUCUCGCCGGCCUCAUCAUCAACGGUGCCACCCUCUUCUACGGCGGUCGAUAUCUCGAGCGUGCCUGGGGCGAGAAGGAGUUUGCCAAGUUCAUCCUGUUCGUCGCCAUGGUGCCCAAUAUCCUGAGCUUCUUGCUCUACCUGGCCGCCUAUGUCAUCACAUCCAGCACGGUGCCGCUCCACACCACCAUCUCUGGCGGCAUCGCCAUCCAGGCCGGCUUCCUCGUCUCCUUCAAGCAGCUUGUCCCCGAACACACCGUCGCCAUCGCCAAAGGCCUGCUCCGCAUGCGCGUCAAGCACUUUCCCGCCAUCUUCCUGCUUGCCAACACCCUCUCUGGCAUCGUCCUCGGCACAGAGACAGCCAUGUUCCUCGCUUACUUUGGCUUCAUGACCGCCUGGAUUUACCUGCGCUUCUACCGCGCCAGCCCGUCUCUCUCGUCUGCUGCCACUGGCGACGGCUCUGUCAUCAAGGGCGACGCCUCCGAUACAUUCGCCUUUGCCCACUUCUUCCCAGAGCCCAUCCAGACACCCAUGAGCCACUUCGCAGACGGUAUCUACAAUGUUCUGCUCUCGCUGGGCGUCUGCACCCCCUUCUCCACCGAGGACAUCGAUGCUGGCAACCAUCAGGCAAGCGCCCGUGCGGAAGGGGAUCUGCCAAGCAUCAUGAACCCCAACAGCAGAGGCGGAAGAGGAGGCGCAACCCGUGCAGAGGCCGAGAGGCGGCGGGCACUGGCCUUGAAGGCGCUGGACAAACGGCUGCACGCCGCCGCAGCUCGUACGGCAGCGCCCGCUACCCAGUCUCCUUCAGACGCCUCGAACGUCUUGGGCGAGACAAGUUACGAACCCGAACGACCAGAUGCGCCCACCACGUCUGCUUCGUAA